AUGACCAAAACCAAAGAUGGCCAUGAAGUGAGAUUGUGCAAAGUAGCAGAUAAAAUGGGCAGCAUCACUAUUUCUGUGUGGGAUGAGAUUGGAGGUCUCAUACAGCCAGGGGAUAUAAUUCAGUUGACCAGAGGGUAUGUGUCCACGUGGAAAGGAUGUCUGACACUUUAUACUGGAAUGGGUGAUGAACUUCAAAAAAUUGGGGAGUUUUGUAUGGUUUAUUCAGAAGUGCCAAAUUUUAGUGAACCCAAUGCAGAUUAUCCAGGACAGCAGAACAAAGGGGCACACAGUGAACAGAAUAAUUCCAUGAAUAGUACUAUGGGUACAGGUACAUUUGGACCAGUGGGAAAUGGUAUUCAACCUGGCCCUGAGUCAUGGGGAUACCAGUUUUCAUAUGCUGGUAGAAGCAGUGGCCGGGGAACUAUAAAUCCACAGCUGCCAGGAACAGCCAAGAACCAGUCAGGACCACAAUAA